AUGGCAGCUCAAUCCCCCGACGGAACGCCCAUCGACCUCGCAGAAAACAGACGUCGCAUGGCCCGCGGCGAGCUCUACUGGGCCUUCACACCAGAUCUCAUCCAGGACAGAAAGCAGUGCGCCAGGGUAUGCCGGAGGCUGAACACGGCCGAGGACGUUGGCAGGCGAGAACUCGUUGAGAUUUGGAACGAGAUUACUAGAGAUGAAGAGCCACUGCCGCCAAAAGCUGCUACUGAGGAUGAAGACGAUGCCUUGUUGGAGGAUUAUCCAUGGGUUGAAGGACCGCUGAAGACGGACUACGGAUACAACAUCAAACUCGGGGAAAACGUCUUUGUCAACUCAAACAGUACCUGGAUCGACACCUGCCCCAUCGUCAUCGGCGCCCGCACCCUCAUCGGCCCCAACUGCAGCUUCUACUCGGGCACGCACCCGCUCGACCACCGCGUCCGCAACGGCACGCGCGGGCCCGAGUCCGGAAAGCCCAUCCACGUCGGCGAGGACUGCUGGUUCGGCGGCGGCGUGACGGUCCUGCCGGGGGUGACGAUUGGCAAGGGGGCGGUGAUUGGCGCGGGCAGCGUCGUGACCAGGGAUGUUCCUGAUGGCGUUGUUGUCGCGGGGAAUCCGGCGAGGGUGUUGAGGAAGACGAUUGAGGAGACGGAGAAUGGAGCUGUUUGA